UCUCUCCUCUAUGUUCAGACCUCACUCUACCUCUCCCCCGCUCACACCCCUCCGUCUCUCUGUUUACUGUAGAUAUAGCUUUAAGAAGACGAUUUUAGGAACACAGAGAGGAGGACUGUGUUAUGCUGCUCUCUCUGCGGCUGUCCUCUCCUGUACGCUCUCUGGUCCAAAGGGAAUAUGUGGAUGUUCAGUAGACCCGCUAUUUGACUGGAUUACUACAGAUACAGUCCAAGGAGUCCAGAGACGCCGCCGCCACAGCCGCACAGAUGUGGGGUAGUGAUGCGUGGCUGCUGUAGGAGCCAUUAUGGACAUCGGUGAGGGAGGGAGAGGAAGGGAUGGAGGGAGAGAGGGAGGAGAACCUAACAUCAGCACCAAGCCGUUAUCUCAUCCUCUCCUGACCCCGGAAGUGGUUCCUUCUAAGGGGUCGCCCUCUCGUACCUCAGCCCCGGCCCCUGCCAAAGAGCCCUCUAACCUGACCCAGACAGAGCAAGGGGGUGCAGAGGGGACCGCAGGCAGAGAGGAGACCCCAGAAGGGGAGUGGGGUAUAUACUCACAGAAUAAUGGUGUGACACUGAAAGAAGAGCAAGAGAAGGAAGAGAAGCUAAAUGAGAAGAAGGAGAAAGAAAGAUUGUUACUGGUGGAGGACAGAGAGGAAACGGGAAGAAAAAACCUUGCACCAGCCUUCAGCAGCAAAGACAGAGGAGAAGAGGAAAAAGAGAAGGAAGAGGAAGAGGAGAGAGAAGAGGCCAUCUCAAACCAAAGCCAAACCAAAUCCAAAUGUAGUCUAUUACCUCGACAGAGCCAGCACAGCUCUGCUUCCAGCACUGUUAUGGCCAGUGGCACAUUGAACAGCAACAUCCACAUCACUGCUUCCAAUUCUCCAAAGCACUCUACCUCUCCUUCUACCUGUCCAAAGCUCUCAUUAUCACCUUCCAAUUCUCCAAAGCACUCUACCUCUCCUUUCACCUCUCCAAAGCGCUCCAGCUUUUUCCCCUCCUCUCCUUAUCCUCAGAAUGAGACAGAGGUGAGAGACACAGGAGAAGUACAGGGCAAUAGUCCUUGUUUUCCUCUGAGCUUUAAACCCCAGCAGUCUGCUCUGUCUAAGUCCACCAGCCCACCCGCUAAGGAUGAUGGUAGGGCAGACGCCACUCACACUUCCCUUAUUUCCAAUGGAGACACCGCCAAAGUUCCAAAACCAAACAACAACCCAGAAGUGAGAGAUGGAGAUAGAGAGAUGGAAAUAGAAAGAGAUGAUGAUGAGGGAAAUGGAGAGAAGGAACGAGAGGGAGAUGAGAACAUAGAGACUGUAUCUAAGUACCUCCACUCCUCUCCCUCCUCUUCCUCCUCACCCUCCUCUCCCGUCUCACUGAACAGUCACAUGGCAUUGAUGCACUCCCGGAACUCCUGCAAGACACUUAAAUGCCCCAAAUGUAACUGGCAUUACAAAUCCCAGCAGACACUGCAAGUCCACCUCAGAGAAAAACACCCAGAGUCUGGGGGCUCAUGUGUGUGUGGGGGCUUGGGGGAGAAUUGUGUUUGUGGAGGGUCAAGGGGUGUGUGUCUGUACUGUAGCACAGGGAAGGCCCAUCCUCGUCUAUCCCGAGGGGAGAGUUAUGUCUGUGGGUACAAGCCCUAUCGCUGUGGUGUGUGUGAUUACGCCACGUCCUCUAAAGGAAACCUCAGCAUACACAUGCAGUCAGACAAACACCUCAGCAACGUACAGACAGCAGGACAAACACAACAUGCGCACAGCACACACACACACUCCACACACAGCGCGGGCUCCACUGUCAGAGACAUGGCAGGCGGUCAGGUGUACGGACACACACACCCCGAAGUCACGCAGCCCCCUGAAAACACACCACCCUACCCCAGCCAUCCCUCCUCCCAGGGUAAGAGGUGGCGGUGUGAGGUGUGUGAUUAUGAGACCAGCAUUGCGCGUAACCUGCGCAUACACACCACCAGCGAGAAACACACACAAAAUGUGCUGCGCCUGAAACACACACACAACGUACUGCAGCUGCAGAGAAGCUACUACCUGGCCCACUGCAGGAGUCUGCCUCCUCAUCUCACACUGCUACACAGCACAGGUGGGGAGCAGUCUUUGGAUAUUCAUCAACUAACAGCAGAGGAGCCAGUUGCCCCAGAUUCAACCCUGACCCCCUCCCCCUCUCCUCCUCCCUCCUCCUCACCAUCCCCUUCUCCAUCCCCCUCUCCCCCUUCUCCCCUGUCUCUCUCCCCCUCUCCCCCUCCUCCCCUGUCUCUCUCCUCCUCAUCUCUCCUCUACCGUGGUGUGUUCCGGUGCCUGGUGUGUUUCAGUUUCUCCUCUGACAGUCUGGAGUCUCUUGGGUCUCACCUGAGUGCCCCCCGCUCCCUGCCCCAGUCUGAGUGGCGUUGUCUGGUGGCCGGAGGCUGCUAUUGCAGGCUGUGUGGCUACAGCACCCCCCUCACAGCUAACUUCACCUUACACUGCCAGACAGACAGACACAGGGUCCGCUACCAGCUGGCUGCCCACCUCUGGGAGAGAGGGGAGAAGGGGGAAGCUGUGGACUGGGAGGAAGUUGGGAAGUUGGUUGCUACAGGCAACCUGGUCCAGCUGAAGUGUAACGUGUGUGACUUCCAGACCACCAGCUUGGAGAAACUGAGAAUACACAGCGUCAACUCCCAACACCAGGCCAGCCUCAGAGUCUACAUGUUCUUAGAGCAGUAUGACAGUGCAGUAGCUGGAGGCUCCUGGUUGUUCCACUGUGUCUUGUGUAAUUACUCCUCCCGCUCUAAACUCCACUUACUGAGACACACCCACUCCACGGGUCAUCAUAAGAGGGAGGAGCUUCACCGCUUGCAGCUUGUGAAAAGGAGGAGCCUGAAUAAAGGAGAGGAUCUAGCUGCCAUUUUCAGCAUCAGGAAGUGCACCAAUCCUGAGAUAGAUGAAAGCAGUGAGGAGGGGGAGAGGAGAGAUUCCUUAUCCCCAGCCAAGCGAUCAUUCUCUUGGCUGGAGGAGACACAGAGCCCCCUCUCUCCCAAAUGCCCCAGAACCGACAAGCACACCACUGACCAACAUACUACUGCCAAGUGCCCACUGUGCCAGGACACACUGGUACACACACACCUGAGAUGUCACCUCACACUCAUUCAUAGUGUGGCCCAGGACUGUGUGGAGAAGCUCAUGAGCACUGUGGCAGUGGAUUCCCAUUCAAGCGACUCCAACACAAACGAAUAUCAAACAAACGAUUCCAACACAAUCGACUUUUACGCAAAGGAGUCCCUCAGAAAUGAGUCUCAAUCAAACGACUCCCGUAUAAAUGAAGAAGUGAUACCAGCCAAAGAUGUCCCUGCUCUGCCCACCCGUCCUUGUGAGGAUCAGCAUCUAGCAGAGGACAACACCUCUCACCUCCCAGAGUCCCCCAGCUCCCUCCCCACUCCUCCCUCUCCCUCCCUCAGCCACCUCCCUUCAUCCGCCUUACCUCCCUCUCCUCCCAGCGAUGCCCCUCCCUCCUCUGAUCGUCAUUGUUACAGGUUCCGCUGUGGCAGGUGCAGUCUAGCAUUCCGGACACAGGAGAAGCUGAAACUGCACUGGCAGUACCAUGCCAUGAGGGCGGCGACAGAGUGCCACCUCUGCCCCAGACGCUGCCGCAGCCAAGAAGCCCUGCAGAGACACCUGCUCAACACACACCUACAGGACCUACACCUACAGGGUACACACCCUGACCAGAUUGAAGCACACAUCCAACGACCAACCAGCCUGGAGGGGGAGGAAGAGGAGGGGGAGAGUAUGAGUGAAGAAGAUGAGGAGGGAAAUGAAGGAGAGGAGGAUCAAAAGGAUGACCCAGAUGAGGAGGAGAGGCCCAGUCCAGGGGUUAGUAAUAGUGACAAGGGUUCAGGGCAGCAGGAGGAGGAGGCAGGGUCAGAACCCAGCCCCCUCAUCAAGGGCUCGAACCCGACUCUGGAGCGGUUCCUGGACCCGGCUCGGCCCUACAAGUGUUCAGUCUGCUGUGAGUCCUUCACUCAGAGAACCAUCCUGCUGGUCCACUAUAACUCUGUGUCCCACCUCCACCGAGCCAAAGCCAGACGGGCCCUGCAUGACUCCAGCCCCAGUUAUGCCGACACCCCCCAGGGCCUGGAACCAAGCCCCUACCGGUGCAGCCUGGCCUCUGACCCCAGGCCCUACCGCUGCAGAAUGUGUGGGGUGGCCUACAGCCAGAGCUCCACCCUGGACAUCCACCUCCGUUCUGUACUGCACCAGACACGAGCCCGUGCAGCUCGAACCCAGCUACCACUGAACCCCCACACCCACCAAACUCCAGCCUCAACUCAGGCUCCCCACACCCCAGUCCCAUCCUUGGUCCAAACUCAGACCCCUGCCUCCAGCCCUUCGCCUGGAGGAGGAGAGGCAUCUACCAGGGGAAACCCCCCAGCAGCCACCAGACCAGCCCCUGCCCCCCCAAGUCCCUGUUCCUCCCUGAGUGAAGCCCAGCUGAGUGUGGGUGUCUCUGGGCAGGUUAAGGGUCAACAGGCUAAGAGGAGGAGAGUAGAGGACCUGACCGCUUCCGCAGGACAGCAGGACCUGAUGUUACUCCAACAGCAAUUAGCCAAGGCCCAGAUACUACAGCAACAGGAGUUAGCCCAAGCCCAGAUACAGCAACACACAGCCCUCCUCCAGCCCCAGCUCUUUAGUCCAACACUGCUCCCACACCUGCUAAAGCAGCACCUCCCUUCAGCAGCAGAGAUUCUCCAACACGGGAACCUCUUCCCUCCUCUCCCCUUAUCCCCAGACAGCCUAUUCUCUCUACAGCAGCAGCUGCUCCUGUCCUUCUACCUUUCUGGAGGGUUGCAUCUCAACCCCAACACAACCCUUAUGAACCAGACCACCUCAGCUGUCUCCCCUCAGACCACCUCAGCUGUCUCCCCUCAGACCACCUCAGCUGUCUCCCCUCAGACCACCUCAGCUGUCUCCCCUCAGACCACCUCAGCUGUCUCCCCUCAGACCACCUCAGCUGUCUCCCCUCAGACCACCUCAGCUGUCUCCCCUCAGACCACCUCAGCUGUCUCCCCUCAGACCACCUCAGCUGUCUCCCCUCAGACCACCUCGGACCAACACCCCCAGAUAGAGAGGCUUGAACCUCCCUCUCCACAGCCAGAGACGAAUGGAAUCCAGUUUCCAGCCCAUGCCCCGAAAUGUGAAACCCAGGCUGAGACCACUGGCAGUGACUCCCCCCUCCACCAGACAGAGAAAGAGUUCAACCCAUCCUCCCCUCCUGAGGGAGAUGGAGAGAAGAAUGGAGAGCUGCAGGAGAGUGAGAAGAAGGAGAGGGCAGAGAAGGCCCUCAGAGUUCUGUUGGAAAGAUAUGGCUGGGAGCUGGCCCUACAAAGCACUCAGAGCAGACAGAGACAGCAGAACAGAGAGAUGGAGGGAUGCCUGGAGGAGGAGAAGCAAUGUGGAGAAUGUGGGAAGCUGUUCUCUGACUCUCUGAUCCUGAAGAGCCACCAGGAGUUUGUUCACCGUCAGAUGAUCCCUCCUGUAGUGUUGGAGAUGUUCUCCAGACAGUACAGACGGCAGUACGACCGCCUUUACCCCCUCAGACCCUUCACACCGGGGGAAACUGAGACUACUGUUGUUGCACCCCUAACCCCAGCUUCAGCACCUCCACCUUUACCCCCAGCACCAGCCUCAGAUUCAAACCUCGACCAAGCCCAAUCCCUCGCCGUCUCCCAAACCUCAGUCCCAGCCCUUACCCCAGCUGCAACCCUAACAACCAUAGACACAGACCCAGCUGUUCGCACACCACCAGCACCAGCAUCCGUAUCUGUAACCCUGUCCCCAGACCAAGCCCCAGUUAAUUCCCUCUUCCCAGUUCAUGCCAGAGCCUCACCAACACCCUCUCCUCCUCCACCCCCCCGCCAAACAAAACCACUUUCAGAGCAGGACAGUACCACAACGACAAACACCCCUUGCCCUGACCCCUCUCAAACUAUCAUAUACAAGCCCAAACUCUCCAUACCCCCUCUCCCCUUACCCCAACUCCCCCUGCCCCGUCUUCCUUUAUCCAAACUCUCCUCUCUUCCCUUUCCCAUAGACCCCUCUCUCCUCCCCCUUGGUCUAAUGCAGCCCAUAGCCCUCCAAUCAAUGCUUCAGUACCAGUCCCUGUUAUCGUCCUGCCACCAACCACCCUUAUCCCUAUACACCAACACCCACUCUGCUUCUUGCCCAGCUCUUCCCCCAUACACUACCACCCACUCUGCUUCUAGCCCAGCUCUACCCCCAUACACUACCACCCACUCUGCUCCUAGCCUAGCCCUGCCCCCAUACACUACCACCCACUCUGCUCCUAGCCUAGCCCUGCCCCCAUAUACUACCACCCACUCUGCUCCUAGCCCAGCCCUGCUCCCAUACACUACCACCCACUGUGCUCCUAGCCCAGCCCUGCCCCCAUACACUACCACCCACUCUGCUCCUAGCCCAGCCCUGCCCCCAUACACUACCACCCACUGUGCUCCUAGCCCAGCCCUGCCCCCAUACACUACCACCCACUCUGCUCCUAGCCCAGCCCUGCCCCCAUACACUACCACCCACUCUGCUCCUAGCCCAGCCCUGCCCCCAUACACUACCACCCACUCUGCUCCUAGCCCAGCCCAGCCCCCAUACACUACCACCCACUCUACUCCUAGCCCAGCCCUGCCCCCAUACACUACCACCCACUCUGCUCCUAACCCAGCCCUGCCCCCAUACACUACGACCCACUCUGCUCCUAACCCAGCCCUGCCCCCAUACACUACCACCCACUCUGCUCCUAACCCAGCCCUGCCCCCAUACACUACCACACACUCUGCUCCUAGCCCAGCCCUGCCCCCAUACACUACCACACACUCUGCUCCUAGCCCAGCCCUGCCCUCUCUGGAGCGUAGGCUGGAGGAAGGAACAGAGGUUAGGCCUAUGAGUGAUGUGAUGGCCGGUGAUGGAGAGGAAGGGGGAGAGAGGGAGGGAGAGGGGGAUGAGCAGAGGAGGGAUAGGCGCCAGAGGACCACCAUCAGUGCAGAGCAGCUAGAGGUUCUAUACCAGCGCUACAGUCUGAACUCCAACCCAACCCGCUCUGCACUGGAGGGCAUCACCAGGGACACAGGGCUGAAGAAACGUGUGGUGCAGGUAUGGUUCCAGAACACCAGGGCUCGUCAGAGGAAGGGCCAGCUCCAGACCCUGGGGAGAGGAGGUUUAGGUGUGGGUCUGGGUCUGGGUGACAACCACAGGCGCUGUCCGUUCUGUAGGGCUUUGUUCAAGGCUCAAAGUGCCCUGGACGCCCAUGUUAGGGCCCGCCACUGGUCCCAAACUGACAGACCUGCCUAUGGCCUGUCUCAUCAGAUAGGUUCCGCUGAUGACUUCCGCUUUUCUCACAACCAUGGAUCCUACAGAGACAGGGAGGGUCCCCCACUCUCCCUCCAGCAUUCUCCCUCUCUCUCCCACCAUCCUUCUCUCCCUACCUCCCUCCAUCCCUCCCCGAACCCCUUUCAUCCCUCUCCAAGCCCCGGGGUCAUCCCCACUGAGAGAAAAUACAUUUCUGGGAAAACAGAUAUGACCUUUGACCUGAACGAACCCGACAUGGAAGAGGAGGAAGAGGAAGAAGGUCUGUCAGUAAAAAUAUUCCCUUCGUCUGACCAGGCUCAUGAGGGUAACCAUAGCAAUCUGUUGUCUCUGGGAUACAAAUAUGGGAUGGCAAGCUUCAACGUUCAAGACUGUGACCAGAAUUCCAGUCCAAGUCUGUCUGAGAGUGUGGAUAGGCAUGGACCGAGACAGCAGCAGCAGCAGAGGCAGCGUACACAGAUGACCCCCCAGCAGGUGGCCAAGCUCAGAGCCUGUUACAGGGAGCACCCCACCCCCAGCCCCCUGCAGUGUGAGGGCCUGGGACGGCAGCUGGGGCUCCCACGCAGGGUGGUGCAGGUGUGGUUUCAGAAUGGCCGGGCCAAGGAGAAGAGGGCAAGGAGCCUCAGAGUUGACCCCACCACAGGAUAGAGGGAAAGGCAGCAGAGGACAGGGGAGAGAACGCACACAGCCAUGAACUAAGUGCAUGUCACUCACAACAAUAAACCAACCAGAUGCCACAGAAGCCAAAGAGCAUUCUACCAGUGUACCUCACCCCUUACGCAGCCCCAAAACAUCACAGGGCAGACCUCCUCUAGAGCUUUAAGACACCACUCCUCUGUUCCUCUGUCUUGCCUUUCCCCUCCUCUCCUGUCCUCCAACCGAUACCUCAGGAGUUAACCCCUCCAUGCCAACAGAUGUCCCUGUUCUGACAAUAGAAUCUGGAGAACCAGGACACAGUGUGUGCCCCUCCCACUUCUGUUUAAAGACUUUACAAGUGCAAGUAUCAAACUGUUAGACGUUUUAGUGUAUAGAACGUUCUUUCAAAGUAUAAGAAAACUGAAAGAAACACAAGCAGCUACGGAAAACAAAAAUGUAAAAUAUUCUUUACAAAGAGCAUCUGCAAAGACUGGCUUGGAUUCCAAAGCUCGUAACCAAAACCUUACAUGUCCGUGGAUUGUGUUGUCAACAUGGUGGUUUUAAUUUCCAAACCGCAGUACAAACCAUACAGUGAAGAGUAGAAGUGAGACUGGUGCGUAUCAAUAGACUGACUGGUCUACGUGGUGCUGAAGCAGACCUCAACCUUCUCAAGCCAAUGAUGACUCUACUGCACAUGUACUGAACACUCCUUAUGUGGAUAAUAGGCCAAAUAGCACUGAGCUAAGUCCACUUUGUCCUUUGUGAGGUCAUAUAAGAAGCUAUUUUGAUAACGUUCGACCAAUAUAUGUCACAACUUUAACCAAACACUACACAACAUUGUCUGUGUUUAGUAAAUGUUUAUGAAUAUUAUGGAUUAACGGUCGUUAUUAUGCUUCGAUAAGACAAGUGUAAUUGUGUGGUGUAUGAGAACAUAAUGUAGGCGUUAUGAUGUGGAGUUGCCUUUUCUUAUUGAAGUAAAUACCAAUAUGUUGUGUAAUAAUUCCAUGUCUACUAUACUCAGGCCAACUGAACUGUUUUUUUAUUUGGUCGUAGUAAUGUACUAGUUUCUCUUCUGUUCCGAAUGCCAGACACAAAGUCUGUUUUGAAACCUUAUGAUGUAAAUAUUGACUGUUGAUAUGAAGUUCCUAUAAUGGUAGUUCAAAAGAAACCUCUCUGGAUUUGAGAGAUCUGAGCUUUCUGACCGAUCAUUGAUAGUUCCAUUAUUCCAUUAUUACCAUGUUAAAUGGUGUGAGGGGUAAAUUAAUGUACAGUAUGUAGCUUUUAUAUGGUCGACUCAGUCUCCCCAGAGACUGCCGAUGUUCUGACCAACCGUACUCACUGAGAGUUACUGACGUUAUACUGAUGACAACUUCGGAUGUUGUGUUAUACUGAUGAAAACUUUAGAUGUUGUGUGCACUUAACUCUCUCACACACUCUAACCAUUUUUCUCUCGCUCUCUUUCUCAUCUCUCCUCUUUUUGAUCUCUAAAUGUAAUAAUAUUACUGUAGUAACAGUAAUAACUAUGAUAAUAUCGAAUGCUUUAAAACACAACCCAAAGACAAUAACACUGUAACCAUCGAUGCAUAAAUCCCACAAAAAAACAACUUCAAAAGUUGACUUGAUAAUGUAACAUUGAUUGUUGGGAAGAAAGAGUGACUGUAUCAGACCUGCUGUAUCUGUCUUCACCAGGCCACUGGUGAGUGUAUACUGUCACCACCAGAUAAACCAAAACCUGUUAUUAUACUAGGAUGGAGGAGCACUUCUCAAAGCCCCCCCCCCCCCC